ACCAAACUUAUAGAUGAUUGUAAUGAGUUUUUUUCUAUUGUGUAGCUUAAUAAGUUUCGUAUUUUUCUAGUAAGAAAAUAAUGAUAGGAUAAAGUUCAAUAAAGAAAUGGUGCGUGUUUUAUGAGUCAUCCAAGCCAUAAUAAAUAGAUGUGAAGCAUAUCCGUCCUUUAUUUUCCCUCAAAGAAAAGAAAGAAGAAAUGGAAAGGAGAAGAUGCUCCACCUUUUUAGUGUUGUUAUUGACACUCCAAGUGGUGAAGGCUCUGACGGAGGAGGUUCCACUAAGCACGAAUUCACGGUGGAUAGUAAACCAACAAGGGAAGAGGGUGAAGCUUGCGUGCGUCAAUUGGGUGUCCCAUCUAGAACCCGUGGUGGCGGAGGGGCUCAGCAAGAAGCCAGUGGAUGUGAUCUCGAAGGGUAUAAAGUCCAUGGGCUUCAACUGUGUGAGGCUCACUUGGCCCAUUCUGUUGGUCACCAAUGACUCCCUCGCUUCUCUAACCGUUAGACAAUCAUUUCAGAGCCUUGGCCUAACUGAUUCCGUUGCUGGCAUCCAAGCCAAUAACCCCUCCAUCAUCGAUCUCAAUCUCAUCCAAGCUUUUCAGGCAGUGGUGAAAAGUCUCGGGGACAACGAUGUGAUGGUGAUCUUGGACAACCACAUAACCGAACCAGGUUGGUGCUGCAAUAACAACGAUGGCAAUGGCUUCUUCGGCGAUAAAUAUUUCAACCCAGACCUCUGGAUCCAAGGCCUCACCAAGAUGGCCACUAUUUUCAACGGAGUCACCAACGUUGUAGGCAUGAGCUUAAGAAACGAGCUUCGUGGCCCUAGACAGAAUGUCAACGAUUGGUACAAGUAUAUGGUGAAAGGAGCGGAAGCGGUUCAUGCAGCGAACCCAAAUGUGAUUGUAAUCUUGUCUGGCUUAAGUUUUGACAAGGACUUAUCGUUCGUUAGGAAUAGAGCAGUGCAAGUGUCUUUUAAGGGGAAACUAGUUUUUGAGGCGCACUGGUAUGCCUUCACGGAUGGUCAAGCUUGGGUUCAAGGGAACCCCAACCAAGUGUGUGGACAAGUGUCCGCAAACGUCAUCACCAAUUCUGCUUUCUUGCUGGACCAAGGAUGGCCCUUGUUUUUCAGCGAGUUUGGGUUGGACAUGAGAGGUACCAAUCUUAAUGAUAAUAGGUACAUCACCUGCUUCAUGGCUCUUGCGGCUGACCUGGACUUCGAUUGGGCCUAUUGGACUCUUGUUGGCAGUUAUUAUUUUAGACAAGGCGUUGCUGGAAUGGAAGAGUUUUAUGGGCUUCUUACUUGGGACUGGGCCAAUGUUAGAAAUACUACGUUCUUGCAAAGGAUCUCUUCCCUACAACUUCCCUUCCGAGGACCAGGCAUAACACAAGGUAAUCCAUACAAAGUGAUUUACCAUCCUUUGACGGGGCUUUGUGUGACAAGGAAGUCAAUACAAGACCCAUUGAGGUUGGGCCCUUGUUCUAACUCUGAUGGUUGGAAGUAUACGCCUCAAAAGAUACUAAACGUAAUGGGAACUUACUAUUGCUUACAAGCGGAUCAAGAAGGAAAUCCUGCAAAACUUAGCAUAAUUUGCUCUGCUUCUAACUCUAAAUGGGAAAUGAUCUCAGACUCAAAGUUGCACCUCUCCUCUAACCUCACCGAUGGUUCUAAGGUUUGUUUGGAUAUAGAUUCCAACAAUAAUAUUGUGACCAAUGCUUGCAAAUGCUUGAGCACAGAUCAUACUUGUGACCCUGGAAGCCAAUGGUUCAAACUUGUUGACACUGGAAGCUCAGCAACCUCAUCCAUGUUGGAUUUACCAUAUGCUUUAUGGGAUUCAUUAUUCGAGUUAACAAAUCUGCUUUCAAAGGCAUAUUUGUAAAUUUAUUUGACAAUUUGUACUCAAGUGUAUUGGCAUUA